ACCAGGGUUGGGUAGCUAGGCUUGCUAGGCUUGCUAGGCUUGACAGACAGACAGGGUUGGCGCGACAGGCAGGAAGGAGAAAAAAGGCCGCUGUGUCGCUUGCCGGGAAUCUGCGGUAGUGUUAAACCAAUCCAAAUCCAUCGUUUCCACGUUUCAAUCUUCGCACGUCCCAACGUAAUAGCCUCGUUUUCUCCAAGUGCCUCGGGUCUCCAUCCUCCUUUCUCUUCCUCUCUCUCCUCUUCUCCUUUCCUCCGUCAUCUUUGCAUUCGCCUCCACCCGGCCUUCACCAUCCGUAGCGGAUAAUAUCUUACGGCACUGUAUCCUGCGCCUGUGGUCACCACGAUACAUUUGGAGCUGCUGUUUGCGCCCUCGUCGCCGUCGCUUUCCCCGGCCUUGCAUGCUGGACAAGACAGGGAAAAGAAAAUAAUCAUCCUCUCAACCCACCAACAAUCAACCCCAGGCUGAGGCUGCGGCUCGGAAACUUGCUCGACAAACGUUAUUUCUGUUCUAUCCGCCGUAUCUACACACUCGCUUGCUGUUCCCACCUUCCCACAUUCAACAUGAUGUCAAGACGGCUUCUCACAGCUGCGCGCGUCCUGCGUCAGCCCAUGCACCAGCCGCUGCGAAGCCAGCUUCCUUUGCCAGUCCUCAUGUCCCAAGUCCGAACGUACGCCCAGACUAUUGUCAAAGUUCCACAGAUGGCCGAAUCCAUUACCGAGGGUACCUUGAAGCAGUGGAACAAGCAAGUUGGUGACUACGUCGAGCUAGACGAAGAGAUCGCCACCAUCGAGACUGAUAAGAUCGACGUAGCCGUCAAUGCGCCUGAGGCUGGUAUCUUAAAAGAGCUUCUCGCCAACGAAGAGGACACUGUCACGGUAGACCAGGAAAUCGCCAAGAUUGAGCCUGGCGCCGCCCCUGAGGGUGCUGAAAAAUCCGAGUCCAAAGACGCCCCCGAGAAAGAGGAUGCUUCUACUGAGGCCAAGCCUGCUCCCGCCGAGCAGGAGAACAAGCCGGAACCUAAACAAGAGUCCCGAUCGGAGCCCUCUACCCCGGCUCCAGCCCCGUCGACACCAAAGAAGGAGUCUGCUCCUAAGCAAUCGCAGCCUCCCAAGGAAACCUCGGCUCCUACCGGCCCAACACUUGGCAGCCGCGAAGAGCGGCGUGUCAAGAUGAACCGAAUGCGUCUCCGCAUUGCUGAGCGCCUAAAGCAGUCGCAGAACACUGCUGCAUCGUUGACCACCUUCAACGAAGUCGAUAUGUCGGCAUUGAUAGAUUUCCGCAAAAAGUAUAAGGACGAAGUUCUUCAGAAGACGGGUGUGAAGCUUGGAUACAUGUCCGCUUUUGCCCGCGCUGCUGUGUUGGCCAUGCGUGAUAUCCCAACAGUCAAUGCGUCUAUAGAGGGCGAGAACGGCGGUGACACCAUCGUAUACAGGGAUUACGUUGAUAUCUCGGUAGCUGUGGCCACUGAAAAAGGUUUGGUAACACCUGUCGUUCGCAACGCCGAGUCCAUGGAUCUUGUUGGCAUCGAGAAGGCUAUUGCCGAUAUGGGCAAGAAGGCUCGCGACGGUAAAUUGACAAUCGAGGAUAUGGCCGGCGGCUCGUUCACGAUAAGCAACGGAGGUGUCUUUGGCUCGCUGAUGGGUACACCUAUCAUCAAUCUGCCCCAGACCGCCGUCCUGGGCAUCCAUGCCAUCAAGGACAGGGCUGUCGCAGUCAAUGGCAAGGUCGAGGUGCGGCCCAUGAUGUAUCUUGCCCUAACCUACGAUCACCGCCUUCUGGACGGCCGGGAGUCUGUGCAGUUCUUGGUGAAGAUCAAAGAGUAUAUCGAGGAUCCCCGUAAGAUGCUACUAUAAGAGAAGACUCGGGCAUUUUGUAUGGGAUGUACAUUGUUCAUUCGGUCACGUCAAGUAAUGUUUAUCUAGAGUGUAAAAUAUAACAUUGUGGUCGCUCUGGCGUUUGCGGGUUUCUUGACAGUGCCCCAUCGCUAUGAUGCAAUUCAUAUUGCGCUGACAGGCUUAUUACUUGUGGUGUCAGUUUUGUAUUCACUAUAGGCAGAUAGGUGGGCAGUGGCCAUGUGUGUUGUGUUAAAGGCGGUAUGUGAUAGUAUUUGAGACAACCAUGUAUAUCAGGUAGUCUAAAGGGAUAUGUAUUUUGAUGACAAGUUGCGCUGGAGGGGUUGCGUUGCUAGCGAUUGGGUCGCUCUCCAGGGUAGCCUCUCUCAAACCUUGUACCUAGUUUUCAACAAAAGAGAUCUAGAUGUGAGAAAAAAAAGUUGUAGACACGAUGAAAUUAAACGGUCACCUCUCA